AUGGCUCUUGAACAGUCCUUGUUCCUCGACAGCGCCAUCCGCGACUGGGUGUUGAUCCCCAUCCUGGUGGUCAUGAUCCUGGUGGGUGUGCUACGACACAAUGUCAUCACGCUCCUCAAUUCGCCGCCCAAGAGCAUCUCGGCCCCCGCGCUUCGAGAGCAACGAGUUAUGGCGAGAGCGGCCGCUUUGCGUCAAAACUACUUUCAGCUUCCGCCCAGCUCGUUCGCAUCUCGCAAAGCUUUCCUCACAGAAGCGCUUUCGAACGGAAAGUAUCUGCAACCCAAGGAUAAGGACGAGAAGGAAGGACCCAAGAACCCGUUUGAAGCGACUGGCGGUAUGGACGCCAUGAUGGAACCCAUGAAGAAGCAGAUGGUCAUGAUGAUCCCUCAAACCGUCAUUAUGGGCUGGAUCAACUUUUUCUUCUCUGGCUUCGUACUGCUUAAGUUGCCCUUCCCUCUGACGGUGCGAUUCAAGGUGAUGCUGCAGCGAGACAUCCCGACUCCGGAUCUCGACGUCACCUGGGUCUCGGCUCUCAGUUGGUACUUUUUGACCCUCUUUGGACUCAACGCCGUCUACCGACUUGUUUUGGGCGACGACAAUGCUGCCGAUGGAACGCGCGAUAUGGCUGCCAUGUCCGGUGCUGCUGCUCCCAUGCAAGGUAUGAACCCAGCAGCGCCUGGUCAGGCACCCGACUUUGAAAAGCUUCACCACGCCGAACGCGACAAUCUCGAGCUCGUCGGUUUGGAAGACUCGAGCGUACGAUGGAUCGGCGACGGCAUCGAAGAUCGAGUCCUCGCUCUCUACGCAUGA